AUGAACAAAUCUCUAAGUAUAGCCAAUUCUCGAUUGAAAAUGAAUGCUAAUGAAAUGCAUGAAGAGCUUUUGAAAAAGGUGGUUGAAGGAGAAAUCUCUAAAGAUAAUGUAUCAAAAGUUUCAACAAUUUUGAAUUAG